CUCCUCCUGUUCCCAGUAAAGACUCCCACAGCUCCCAGUAGGUGAGUUUAGUUUAUUCUUUGCAGCAGCAGCUUCUUUUUUUUUUUUUUUCUUCUUUUUCUUUUUAAAUUCAGGAAAGAAGAGAAAGGGAGUAAAAGUCAUGGACAAAGGAGGAGAAUUAAAAAGAAGUUAGCACCAACUACAGUAAAGUCAUCUUUGGAAGAAAAAGAAAAAAGACACACGAGUCCGAAAUAAAGAAGAGUCCGGAGAGGGAAGAGGAAGAGGAUGGGGAUGGAUCUCAGCACCCUGCGGACCCUCAUCAGCAGAUAUUGUGUUGGUGAGGAGAACUGGGUCGACAGCAGGACGAUUUACAUCGGACACAAGGAGCCUCCUCCAGGAACCGAGGCCUUUAUACAGCAAAGAUACCCCGACAACAGAAUAGUCUCCUCCAAGUACACAUUUUGGAACUUCGUCCCCAAGAAUAUGUUCGAGCAGUUCAGGAGAGUCGCCAACUUCUACUUUCUCAUCAUAUUUCUGGUUCAGUUGAUCAUUGACACUCCCACCAGUCCCAUCACCAGCGGGCUGCCGCUCUUCUUCGUCAUCACAGUCACCGCCAUAAAACAAGGCUAUGAGGACUGGUUGAGACACAAAGCAGACAACUCUGUCAACCAGUGUCCCGUCCACGUGGUGCAGCACGGGAAAGUAGUCCGCAAACAAAGCCGCAAGCUCAGGGUUGGAGAUGUCGUCUUGAUGAAAGAAAAUGAGACUUUUCCCUGCGACCUCAUCCUCCUUUCCUCGUCUCGAGAUGACGGGACCUGCUUUGUUACUACAGCCAGUUUGGACGGAGAGAGCAGCCACAAGACAUACUAUGCGGUUCAGGACACUAAAGCUUACAACACAGAGAAGGAGGUGGACUCCAUCCACGCUACUAUAGAAUGUGAACAACCACAGCCGGACCUGUACAAAUUCAUUGGCCGUAUUAACGUCUACAUGGAAAAUGAGCCAAUGGCCAGGCCGUUAGGAUCAGAGAACCUGCUGCUGCGAGGAGCCACGCUCAAGAACACUGAGCACAUCUAUGCGGUUGCCAUCUACACCGGCAUGGAAACCAAGAUGGCUCUCAACUACCAGUCCAAGACUCAGAAACGGUCUGCAGUGGAAAAGUCGAUGAACGCCUACCUGGUGGUCUACCUGUGCAUCCUCAUCAGCAAGGCGUUCAUCAACACGGUGCUGAAAUAUGUGUGGCAGGCCGACCCAGACAGAGACGAGCCCUGGUACAACGAGAAGACAGACACAGAGAGACAGAGACACAUCGUGAUCAGGGCGUUCACAGACUUCCUGGCCUUCAUGGUUCUCUUCAACUACAUCAUCCCUGUCUCCAUGUACGUCACUGUGGAGAUGCAGAAGUUCCUGGGCUCCUACUUCAUCAUGUGGGACGACGAGAUGUUCGACGAGGAGCUGGGAGAGCGGGCCGUGGUCAACACGUCGGACCUGAACGAGGAGCUCGGGCAGGUGGAGUACGUGUUCACAGACAAGACAGGGACUCUGACGGAGAACAACAUGGAGUUCAUCGAGUGCUGUGUGGACGGACACGUCUAUGUACCUGAUGUUAUCUGUAACGGACAGGUGAUGCCUGGUGCAACAAGUAUGGACAUGAUUGACACAUCUCCGGGUCCCGGGGCGAGGGAGCACGAGGAGCUGUUUUUCCGGGCGCUGUGUUUGUGCCACACGGUGCAGGUAAAGGAGGAGGAGACGGUGGACGGGAUCAAACAGGGCAUCCAUCAGGGCAAGUCCACUUCCUUCUACAUCUCCUCAUCUCCGGACGAGGUGGCGCUGGUGGAGGGCAUGAAGAGACUCGGUUUCACCUAUCUAAGACUGAAAGACAGUCACAUGGAGAUCUUGAACAGGGAGGAUGAGAUUGAGAGGUUUCAGCUGCUGGAGGUUUUGACAUUCGACUCAGUCAGGCGGAGGAUGAGCGUCAUUGUGAGGUCCAGCACUGGUGAGCUCUAUCUGUUCUGUAAAGGUGCAGACUCCUCCAUCUUCCCCAGGGUUGUAUCAGGCAAGGUGGAGCAGGUCAGAGCUCGGGUGGAGCACAACGCAGUGGAGGGUCUGAGGACGCUCUGCGUUGCCUAUCGCCCUCUGAGUCCCGAGCAGUACCAGGAGGUUUGCCACCUGCUGAACGGGGCCAAGCUGGCACUACAGGACCGAGACAAACGACUGGCCGAGGCCUAUGACAUCAUCGAGAAAGACCUGAUACUGCUGGGAGCCACUGCUGUGGAGGACAGGCUCCAGGAAAAAGCCGCAGACACCAUUGAGUCCCUCCACAAGGCAGGUAUGAAGGUGUGGGUGCUGACCGGUGAUAAAAUGGAGACGGCGGCUGCAACCUGCUACGCCAGCAAGCUGUUCCGCCGCAACACCCAGAUCCUGGAGCUGACCACCAAACGCACCGAGGAGCAGAGCCUCCACGACGUCCUGUUUGACCUGAGCAGGACUGUGCUGAGGCAUCACGGAGGCAUGACCCGGGACUCCUUCUCUGGUUUAUCAGGUGACUGUACUGACUACGGUCUGAUCAUCGAUGGAGCCACCCUCUCUGCGGUGUUGAGGCCGGCCCAGGAGGACUCCAACUCAGGGAACUACAAAGAGAUCUUCCUAGAAAUCUGCCGCAACUGCAGCGCCGUGCUCUGCUGUCGAAUGGCGCCGCUCCAGAAAGCACAGAUUGUGAAGAUGAUCAAAGCCUCCAAGGAGCACCCGAUCACGCUGGCUGUUGGAGACGGAGCAAACGACGUCAGCAUGAUCCUAGAGGCCCACGUUGGCAUCGGCAUCAUGGGUAAGGAGGGUCGUCAGGCAGUGAGGAACAGCGACUACGCCAUCCCAAAGUUCAAACACCUCAAGAAAAUGCUGCUCGUCCACGGACACUAUUACUACAUACGCAUCUCUGAACUCGUGCAAUACUUCUUCUACAAGAAUGUCUGUUUCAUCUUCCCCCAGUUCCUCUACCAGUUCUUCUGUGGCUUCUCACAACAGCCGCUGUUCGAUACAGCAUACUUGACUCUGUACAACAUCAGCUUCACCUCGCUGCCCAUUCUGCUCUACAGUCUCAUUGAGCAGCACAUUAACAUGGACAUCCUGAAGAAGGACCCAUCUCUCUAUAGAGAUAUUGCUAAGAACUCGCUGCUCCGGUGGCGCAUCUUUAUAUAUUGGACGAUCCUGGGUGUGUACGACGCCAUCGUGAUGUUCUUCGGGGUCUACUUCCUGUUUGACAACACCACCUUCACCAGCAACGGACAGAUGUUUGGAAACUGGACAUUUGGGACGCUGGUCUUCACUGUGCUGGUCUUCACCGUCACAUUCAAGCUGGCUCUAGAUACUCAUUACUGGACCUGGAUCAACCAUUUUGUCAUCUGGGGCUCGCUGAUUUUCUUUGUGGUCUUCUCUUUGCUGUGGGGAGGAAUCAUCUGGCCCUUCCUCAACUACCAGAGGAUGUACUAUGUGUUCAUGCAGAUGUUGUCCAGCGGUCCGGCCUGGCUCAGCAUAAUCCUCCUGAUCACAGCCAGUCUGCUGCCAGAUGUGUUGAAGAAAGUCAUCUGGAGGGCUCUGUGGCCCACCACGACUGAACGCAUACAGAAUGCUGAUAAACUCUACAAGGGCCAGCUGUCCGAGUUCACCCCCCUGGCGUCUCUCCACGCCCCGUCCAAGGCUGGCAGCCACCGGAGAGGCUCGGGCAACCAAAGGAACGUCCCGAACCCUCGAAGGUCUGAACCCUUUAACAAGAAAACUAUGUUCACACGCUGGCAGAGAACGCCAGACUACAGCACCUUCACCCCUCUCCUCCGAUUCGCCGAUGGCUCCCGCUACGCGAAGCAGGGCCACGCCUACAGCGGGGCGGGGCCAGAGACCUCGGUCUAGUUUAUUUCUGUCUGGUGUUUUUUCUAUUCUUCUGUUCUGAUAUCAGAUACAUUAACAUCCAUUUGGAGUUUACCUCAACAAAGGAGUAAUUUAAUUAGUCCAGAUCACUGGAAAGUAAAGUUACCCUAAAAGUAACUGAAACUAAUUUAUUUAUCUACCUGGAGUCGAAUAUCUGACUAUGAUGCUAAUAGCAGUUAAUCCGUCUCUGAGGGGUUACAAUGAAAGUGACCUUUCACAACUGCUCCAAAGUCAGCAGCCAAGUAUGGCACAAAGCAUUAUGGGACGGCUCUGAGAAGGACUCCAUCUGCAGGGCCUUGCUCGCCGCCACAACGCGCUAAGGGCUCAGCGUACUGAUGUCACAACGGAAACAGACUCCAGCGCUUCGUUAAAUCACAGAAAACAUGUGCACUGGCCCUUUACACCUGCCUGCCUUCGAUAGCUGGCAGCUGAAGCGUACUUUACUCCAAUUUAAAGGAUUUAUGUGACUUUUUAAAGACGUGUUGUGAUUGUGCUGCUGAUGAAGACAGUAACAGUGCUUUAGCCAGCGCGAGCUUUCUCUGACCAAACAUUUCCUUUUUUCUUCAUUCCUUCCAUCUCUCUCUCUCUUUCUGUCUUGUUCUGCCUCGUUUCAGGACUAACUGGUGUUGCCUGUGUGCAAACAUAUUGUCCCGAAAUACUCCCUAGGACUCGCUACAACAAUUGUAAGGAGGGCUGUUAGUAGAGCAGUGACGCCUAAGUGUUGGAGAAGCGGAUCUGAGUUGGUCUUUUUCCUGUUUUAAUAGUCAGUGUAUUAUGUCUUAAAGAAAAAAAGACCAACUGUAGCUGCAGAUCCAACACUUAAGCUUUCAAACUCCCCUGUAGGUAGUCUAGUGGAAGAGAUGUGUGUUAGCUAGCAGUUGUGUCAGCGUGUGUUGCAUUCAUCCCUAAAUGAUCCCUUUCAGUCGUAUUGUCCUUAAAGCACUUUAACUGUAGACCUUCUUCCUAAAUGUGUCUGUUAUGGCUUAGAAUUGGUAGUAAUGGCUGACUGUUCCUCAACGCCUUAAUGUCAACUUGUAAAUACAACAUUAUCUUCCACAGAGACCUUUUACCAAAGAAACAAAAAUACAAUAUGGCGCCCUUUAGACAUGGACUGAUGGAUUUACUGUAGUGCUAGGUGAAGAGUGUGAUCCAUUGGUCAAUGUACACACUCUUGGUUCUGAAAAACACUAAAUGAAAGUGGCCAGGAGAAUGAAUAUGAAAGUUAGUUCACGUCCUUAAGGAAACUUUAAAAAUACAGCUCUCUAAAUUUGAUGGUAAAAACAUGGGGUGCAUGUCUUGUCACGCUUUGAGAGCUUUAUUUUUUUAUUUCAUACUAUUUUACCUUACUAGCCUUCACUUUCCUCAAAUGCACCUUAAAAAUUAACAUGCAAAACGCGUCCUUAUUAAAUGAAUGCACAGUUUUUCUGAGAUUUGUUCAUUUGAAAUACAGACAUUUGUUGAUGAGAACACAGUAUGAACUCUGGUUAGCUUAGCUUAGCAUAAAGCCUGGAAACGGGAGGAAACAACUCGCUCUGGCUUCCUAUUUACUGAACAUACGUGAUAGUUGUAUUGAUCUUCUUAUCUGAUUGUUUGAUGGAAAGCAAAUAAGCAUAUUUCCCAAACUAUGUAUAGAGGUAGAUACAGAUAAGAUGGAAAAUUGAACUUUCUUCAUCCAAAGAGUGCAUAAAUAUCUACAAGAGUCUAAUGAGAUGAUCUACCUUGAAAAGGAUCUGCUCCAAAUUUUGUCUCACACUUUCCCGCCUCAACAUUUAACGUCUCUGUUUUUCUUUCUAGCUGUCUCUCUCUCUCUCUUUCGGUCUCUCUCUCAUAUUCUCCCUGUGGUGAAGUGAUGCUGAUGUGGGAGUUAUCCUACCUCUGUGAGAGCCGCCUCCACCCGCCUGACCAUCCUCUCCUGUGUCCCCCCCCUCUGAAUCUUCUCGGCCAUCCAUCUGUCCAUCUAUCAUUGUGAGACGGAGCAGAAACGAUGUUUUCUACUCUGCGUUUCAUAGUACUUCUCUGAACCAAAGCCUUGUUGCUGCUAUAGAUACUUUUAGCUGCUUUACAUUAGGUGCCUUGUGGUAGUUUCUCGCUCUCUGCUGAACUGUCUUUGCUCGCUUUAUGGUAAAUUAAUGACAAAUAAGAGGCAUUUGGAUCGUACAAACACACCGCAGAUGAUGGAUGAACGGAUGCAUGACUGAGGAGUGACUGGGAGAAUGGAUACGGGAGUGUAAUGUGUUAUGAAAAUCAGUUUUACGCAGGUUAUACUGUCCAAGAAGACUCAUUGAGAACAAAUAAGGAACUGAAAAUACGACCAAU